AUGGAUCGGGAGAAGCUUAUGAAGAUGGCCACUGCCGUCCGCACCGGCGGCAAGGGCACUGUUAGGAGGAAGAAAAAGGCCGCUCACAAGACGACGACGACCGACGACAAGAGGCUAUCAAGCACUCUGAAGCGCCUUGGUGUGAACACGAUUCCUGGGAUUGAGGAGGUCAACAUUUUCAAAGACGACACGGUCCUCCACUUCUCCAACCCUAAGGGCCCUGAUAACUUGGCCGGACUGAAGAAGAUUGCUCAGGAGUAUCAGAAGGCAGGUGAGGCUGCCGCUGCUGCUGGGGCCGCUGCUGAGGAUGAUGACGAGGUGCCAGAGCUUGUUGAGGGGGAGAACUUUGAGGAUACUUCCAAAAAGGAGCCAGCAGCUGCAGAUGCUUGA